AUGUCCGGACAACACUCCCUCCCCGACCUCCCCUACCCCUACGACGCCCUCGAGCCAUUCAUCUCGAGGCAGAUCAUGGAGCUUCACCACAAGAAGCAUCACCAGACGUACGUAACCGCCCUCAACGCGGCAGAACAGGCGUACGCGAAGACCAGCUCGCCCAAGGAGCGUAUCGCCCUCCAGGCUGCUCUCCGCUUCAACGGUGGUGGCCACAUCAACCACUCUCUGUUCUGGAAGAACCUUGCUCCUGCUGCGUCUGAGAAGAAGGGCAACGGCGGUGCUCUCAAGGACGGCCCCCUCAAGACGGCCAUCGUGGAGAGCUUCGGCUCCUUCGAUCAGUUCAAGAAGGAAUUCAACACUACGACCGCGGGCAUCCAGGGUUCCGGAUGGGGCUGGCUCGGUGUCCACCCACAGACCAAGCGUCUCGAGAUCGUGACCACGGCAAACCAAGACCCACUGCUGAGCCACGUUCCCGUCAUUGGCGUCGACGUCUGGGAGCAUGCUUUCUAUCUCCAAUACCUCAACGUGAAGGUCGACUACCUCAACGCGAUCUGGAACGUCAUCAACUUCGAUGAGGCUGAGACGCGCUACAAGGAGGCCGUCGGCGGCUCCAAGCUCUGA